AUGGAAAUUCCAUAUGCUCCAGAGAAUAAAGAAAACAGUGUCCCUGAUGAUGAUUAUUUACAGUUUGGCCCACCCCAUGAAGCUAUGUUCUUUGUCUUAGCUUACCUUCCUCUGCUUGAACUACUUGCCAUGAGCCAAGUUUGUAGGUCAGUGAGAGAUGCUCUAAGCAAUGAUAUACUACCAUGGAUUAAUAUCACUGUUUACAAGCCUUUGAGCCAGAGGCUUUCUGAUGAUAUACUAAUGAAAUUUGCUUCCAAGGCAAACGGUAAGCUGACAACUUUGGCUUUGAUCAACUGUGAGAAGAUUACAGAUGAGGGUCUUCAACGGGUCAUAUCGAAAAAUCCUCUGAUUAACAAGCUCUAUUUUCCAGCAUGCACCAGCUUGACCCCUGAGGGAAUCAUUAGAGCAGUAGAGGCACUAACCAAACACAACCACCAGAUCCUUCACUCAAUAAGACUAAAGAUUAAUGGCAUCCACAACAUGAAGAAAGAUCAACUCGAAACGCUUCGAUCCCUCAUCGGAUUGAAGCAAACACAGCAACAGCAAGAAAAGCGGCGCAACUUAUAUCACAAGCAUAACACUUUCUCAACUUCAACUUUUGGCCAUGAAGAAGAUAAAUGUUCUAUAGAUGUGGAUAUAUGCCCAAAAUGCAAUGAAGUAAGAAUGGUUUUUGACUGCCCUAUGGAUCGUUGUGAAAGACAGAGGCAGAACCUGCGAAGAGAGUGUAGGGGAUGCUGCUUCUGCAUUCCAAGGUGUGAAGAAUGUGGUCAAUGCAUCGAGUCGGAUGAUUGGGAAGAGGCAGCUUGUACAGAUAACUUGUGUUCAGGUUGUUGGCUUCAGCUUCCCAAAUGUAAUUUCUGUAACAGGCCUUAUUGUAACCAACAUGCCAAUCAGAAGUGCAGUGUUCCAGGCUCUUCAGGAUUUUUCUCAGAGGCAUCUGUUCUGCAUGUAGCAGGGGUAUGGCAAACCAGAAUUAUCAGUGGUCACUUGCAAUUCAGAUGUUACUACUAG